AUGGAAAUUAAAACGCGUCAAACAGCAGAAAAUUUGAAGUUGCGAAUUGAAGAGGUAUUGGAGGAGCAUAACACUAAUGUUAUGCACAUCUAUUCCUGCACCACUGAUAAUGGGAAAAAUAUGCUAAAAUGUGUGGCAGAACUGGAUAAAUCACAGCAAUUAGCUCUCGACACUGAAUUACACGGUUAUGCGAAUGAGGUGGCAACCGAAGAUACUGUUGAUGAUAUCGAUGGAGACAUUGAAGAAUUGGAAAGUGUUGAUGAAGCCCAGCUUGACGCAGAAGUUGAUGAAAUGUUGGAAGCCGUAGAAGGUAUUUUUGCGUCGGGAAAUGUAUCAUCGUGUAUAAGCACAUUAAAAUGCGCUGCCCACACGAUGAAUUUAGUAGUGAAGGACGCUGUUGAUACAGAGAACGAACUUCUAAAGAACAUCCGAAAGAUGGUGAAGUCAUGUCGUAAAACGGAAUAUAGUCCAUUUUUCGAGUUGGCAAAAAUACCACUCCCGAAAAUUGACGUAGAGACUCGUUGGGGAUCCUUAUUUGAAAUGGUCAACUCACUCCGUAAGAAUGAACCAUUCUUCAAGGAUUUGGGUGCUAAAUUUCCUGAGCUACAUUUAACUGAAGAGCAAUGGGCUUAUGUAGAGGAAUUUGUGGCGGCAUUUGAACCUAUGUAUACAGUUACAAAAAAUGUGCAGUCAAAUGAUCUAGUCCUGGGAGAUAUUUUCAAAUUCAUCAAGAUGUGCCAACUUCAAAUGAAAAAAACUCCUGCAGGAAAUAGGUUUGUCGGGACUGCCGUUGACGCCCUUACAAAACGGUCGAGAACAAUGAUGGACAACGAAGCAUUCCGAGCAGCAAUGCUAUUCGACCAAAGAUGGUGUUUUAUGGAAUCACCGUAUAUGACAACCGAGGAUAAACAAGCUGCGAUUGAGCAUAUGCUUAAGGUGAGCACCAUUUUGAAAACAUUCAAGGUGACGCCGGAACAGAAUCCGGUAACAACUAGUAAAGCACCCAAGAAUCUGGUGGAAGAUGAUUUGGAAGCUUUGCUGGAAGAGGAAUGCCAACAAGCUUCAUCGUCCAGAUUGUGUCCUUCGCAAGUUGACCUCAAAGUGAAACUGUUAGAGUUGGCGAAACGUCUUCCAGUAAAUACUGACAUAAUCAAGUAUUGGGAAUCUCGACGCUAUGAAGAUCCACAACUGUACGAGCUGGCCAUGAUUGCCCUGUCGGCAUCAGCAACACAGGUCUCUGUUGAAAGAUGUUUCUCGGCAGUUAAGUUAUUACUGGAACAACAUCGCCUACGAAUGUCAUCUGAAAUGUUAAAUGAUUUGAUGACAAUCCGUUGUAAUCGAGAUCUAAUCCCAUCAGCAAUGAACCAAUUGCACCAGAAUAUGGCUUGA